AUGGCGGAUGCAAGCAAGUUAGUGAAAACACGCGGCAAAAUAAAGGGGCAGUUGACGCGCGUGCGCAAUUGGCUGAGGGUUUUCGAUGUACAAACCCAUCAAAUCGAAGAAGUUGAGAUUAGGUUAACUAUGUUACAACGUGCGUGGGAUGAAUUUCACGUGACUCAAGACGCGCUGGAGGAAGUAAAUGCGGAAUUCGAGAACGAUGGCGAGCGGGAAUCGUUCGAAUCGGAUUAUUACGCGACAGCCGGGGCUGCGAGAGCGCUAAUAGCAGAACGCGAACGAACAAGGGUCAGACGAGAAAAUCGCAAUCUCAAUGACCAAGGUACAGGCAAUGCGGCGAAUGCAGUAGAUAAAAUAAAGUUACCUCCGAUAAAUGUACCUACAUUCAAUGGAACUUACGAUCAAUGGCCGAAUUUUCGAGACACAUUUAAGGCGGUUAUUGACGAAAACGAGGCAUUGUCAGAUAUCAAAAAACUUUAUUACUUGCGGUUAGCAUUAAAGGGUGUAGCAGCGGAAGUAUUAGAGUCAAUGGAGAUGUCGGCUGACAAUUAUGAUGUCGCAUGGGACCUGCUUAAGAAUCGAUUCGAAAAUAAGCGCGUUUUGGUUCAUCAUCACGUUCAGGCAUUGAUUGAAUUUCCAGUUACGCAAAAGGAGUCACAGUCUAAUUUGCGUCAAUUAUUGGAUCACACGGAAAAGCAUGUCCGUGCAUUAAAAAAGCUUGGAGAACCGACGGACACGUGGGGUACCAUUCUGGUUCAUUUAAUGACAGCGAAAUUCGACAAUGUCACAAAGCGUGAAUGGGAGACCAAAACGUCUUCUAGGGAGGUCGCGACAUACACUCAAUUUAUUGAAUUUACUACGAAUCGGUGUAUUAUGUUAGAAGCAUUGCAGAUUGAUAAAUUAAAAUCAACAAAGGUUUCAUCUGUUAUCGGCGACAAGUCAGCAAAUGCAAAUAAAAAGACGGUUGCUGCCCCGGUAGCGGAGGUAUCGAAUAAAUGCUCAAUAUGUAAGGAAGGGAAACACAGGAUAUAUCACUGUCCUACCUUUCUCAACUGGACUCCUCAAGCAAGGAGCAAGGAAAUCAAAGGGCUCAAAUUAUGCUUUAAUUGUUUCAAGAAAGGUCAUAGUAUUGAAGCAUGCAAUUUCACUACUUGUCGCAUGUGUCACAAAAAACAUAAUACAUUGUUACAUGUUUCUAGCGGCGAAGAUACGAAAGAGAAGAGCCAAACUGAAAGCUCCUCAAUUAAUUCAAUGGUGUCAUCAGAGCAAUCAUCUACGAGCGUAACACAUUAUGCUGCACGACAAUGCGAUCGUGGAUUGCUAGCCACGGCAAUCGUUGAAGUGCAGGACAACGAAGGCAAUUUUCAGGAAUGUCGUGCAUUUUUGGAUCCAGGUUUACAGUCAAAUUUCAUGACAAAGGAACUUUGUGAACGUCUAUGUUUACGUCAACAAAAAAAUUAUAUGCAAAUUCGUGGCAUUGACGGCACACAAACCAUCGCUCUCACCGAAACUUAUGCUACGAUACGGUCAAGAAUCAAUGCAUUCAAGGUCAAACUCGGAUUCUCAGUACUACCAAAAAUUACGAUGAAUCUUUCCUUGACGGAAAUUAAUAAACGACAUUUGCAAAUACCAAGCUCAAUCACUUUGGCAGAUCCAUCCUUCCAUACUCCAGGACAAGUCGACUUGCUUCUUGGUAGCACCAUAUUCUGGGAACUCCUUUGCGUUGGCCAAAUCAAGCUAGGAAAAAAUCAACCAGUGGCACAAAAAACUAAAUUUGGAUGGAUCAUAGCUGGACCCAUAACCUUCGAAUCCAACAACAUGUCGAUUGUUUCCGCUAGUAUGUCGUUUUACAGUGAAAAAAUCGAAGAUCAACUGGAACGUUUCUGGAAGGUAGAGGAGAGUGCUAUUUGUCCAGGGCUAACUGAGAAUAACGAAGAAUACGAAAAUGAGUUUGUGCAAACACAUCGUCGCAACAAGGACGGACGCUUCGAGAUACGGCUGCCUUUAAGUGAUAGCAUAGAACGAUUGGGACAUUCACGCGAUAUCGCGAUCAAGCGGUUGAAGAGUAUGGAACGAAAAUUCGCCAGAUCUUCAGAUCUACGACAUCGAUACAACGAAUUUAUGCAAGAAUAUGAACGAGUCGGUCACAUGACCGAAAUCAAAAGUAACGAUAAUUCUGAAUCGUCUUUAUAUUUACCUCACCAUGCAGUAUUGAGGGAAGACAAGUCAACCACAAAACUCCGAGUCGUCUUUGACGCAUCAUGUCCUACAUCGACCGGAGUAGCACUGAACGAUAUACUACGUGCAGGGCCUACAAUUCAACAAGAAUUAACGUCCAUACUGCUCAGAUUUCGUCAGCAUAGAUUUGUAAUCACGGUUGAUAUCAAACAAAUGUAUCGCCAAAUACUUAUCCAAGAAGAUCAACGAGAUCUGCAGCGAAUCGUGUGGAGACAAGAUUCAAACGAGCCAAUACGAGAUUUUCGUCUCAAUACGGUUACGUACGGAGUAACCAGUGCGCCCUUUCUAGCUGUUCGAUGUUUGCAUCAGCUCGCAAUUAAAUAUCAAGAUCAGUAUCCGGACACUAGUAAUGUCAUACUCAAUGAUUUUUACGUGGACGAUCUUUUAUCUGGUGGAGAUGAUGUACACACCUUACAGCGAAUCAAGCAUGAGUUAACCGAAAUACUACAUUCAGCAGGCUUUCAACUUCACAAGUGGAACACUAAUGAAUCAAGAGAGCGAGAAGCGUCUUCAGAAGUCAAGUCACUGCCAAUUGGAGACGAGAUAAAAACUCUAGGAGUUUGUUGGAACAUUACAGACGACUGUUUCCAGUACAAAACUCAAGCCAUCAAAGAUAAUCAACUAAGCGAAUUGUAUUGUCGACCGUUUCUCAAAUUUAUGAUCCGUUAG